AAUCUCGAUCGUCUUGACCAACGGUAUCUGCCUUACGACUAUAGAUAUAUGUCACCUGCCACUGGAGGUCGGAGAGUGGAUGUUUAUGUAAUCGAUACUGGAAUAGAUAUAUAUCACUCAGACUUUCAAGGUCGAGCUUCUUGGGGCGUGUCUAUUAUUAAAGGAACACCAAACAUUGACGAAUAUGGCCAUGGAACUCAUGUUGCAGGAAUUGUAGGUAAAAUAGCUGAGAAUAUCGAUUUUGAGAUUUAUGUAAACAACUAUACGUUGUCACCCUCUUUACCCUAG